AAACAAUAGGAGGCCUUCCUUUCCUGGAGCAUCGAGGGAAAAGAAAACACUCUAAAGACAAGACUGGGACCCGCAAGGGGCUGGCUGGAAGUUUUGAGAGUGAAAUAUUCACAGCCAUUAAGAGACCUCCAAUUUAAUUUCUCAACAUGCUUAUUCUAUAGUUCACAUUCAGUCCAGAGCACUGGAGGAACUGAACAAGCGGACGCUGUAGACAUCAGAUAGCUGGCCAUGGUGUUGGCCAUGGCGUCUCAGGAUGCUCAGAACUUCUUCCAGCCUUUCUCUUCCUGGAUAUCUCGGGUUUAUGAAGCUCUCCAGCAAGCAGGAGAUGUGCUAUCUGCUUCGCUGGUUAACAUAAGCAAACAAGACUCUAAAUUGAGUGACAAGCUAGAUCAGGACUUAGAUAAUAUUCAGAUUCAGGAAACGUACUUUGAAGUUGAAGAGCAAGAAAAUGAUUGGAGUCAAGAGGAUGCAAAUUCCUUGUUUCUGGAAGUGGAUCAUUUAUCAUGUUGUAAUAGUGAUUUGCAGGACUCUGCCCAAGGUUCAAGCCCCAGGCUUAGCCAACAUGCAAAGGACUCAUGUUCCACAAUGUCCCAGUGGCCCAAUCAGGCCAGUGAUGAUCACAAGUCACCACAUGUGCUUUCUUCUAUUGCUGAGGAAGAGCAUCACCUUGAAAAGCAAAGAAGUGGCCUUCAACAUGGCUUUGACAGCCAGCUCCCUGGUACUUUAGAAACUGUUAAUGGAAAAAAGCAAGUCAGCAGCUUUGGCGAUGAUGAAGAGCUGUCCACAUCUUCCGACAGUGAUGAGGAGGUGAUCAAACAAUUUGAGAUUUCCGUGUCCCGGUCCCAGAGUUUCCGUUCAGUGACAUCUGAGAAAGGAAAGCAGACAGGGUUGGAGCAGAAACCGAAAUUCAGCCAUUUGCUGUCAACGCACGAAGAAGAUGGCACAGAAGUAUCUGCCUGCGAAGAUUUGGAUGGAGCCAGCCAACGGAGUUAUUCUGAGAAUCUCUCCUAUGGUGAAGAUGACCACAUCCCUGCUCACUCACAGCCCCCCUGUGAGAGGGGGGAUGCCAAGCACCAUGGCACAUCUCACCCAGAGUCCAAUGUGAUCCAAAGCCUCAGGCGCCAAUCCACGGAGGGCAGCUUGGAGAUGGAGACGGCUUUUAAUAGCCGGGGGUUUGAAGAUUCCUAUGCCACUGACAGCUCCUCCGUGUGGAGUCCAGAGGAACAGGACAGGACCAAUUUGCAGGUGCCAUCUGGGGUCUCAGAGCCCAUCUCAAAGUGUGGUGACCUAGAUGUCAUCUUUGAAUAUAGAGCUGCCAGCCAGAAGCUCACAGUGACCAUCGUGAGAGCACAGGGUCUCCCAGAUAAGGACCGAAGUGGUGUCAACUCCUGGCAAGUUCAUGUAGUGCUGCUGCCUGGUAAGAAACAGAGGGGCAGGACGAACAUACAGAGAGGGCCCAACCCCGUCUUCAAGGAGAAGGUCACCUUUGCCAAGCUGGAGCCCAGAGAUGUGGCUGCCUGCGCUGUCCGCUUCCGCCUGUACGCUGCCCGUAAGAUGACCCGAGAGAGAAUGAUGGGAGAGAAACUGUUCUAUCUCAGCCACCUGCACCCAGAAGGGGAAAUGAAAGUGACUCUGGUUCUGGAGCCAAGAAGUAAUAUAAGUAGUGGAGGGUCUCCGCUCAGCCCAUCUGCGGUUUCUCACAGUGAUAGCACUUCAUCCACGCAGUCGCUGUCUCAUGGAGGGGCGCCAGAGCUGUUGGUGGGGCUCUCGUACAACGCCACAACGGGCCGAUUAUCUGUGGAAAUGAUCAAAGGCAGCCAUUUCCGAAACCUCGCUGUUAACCGAGCACCUGAUACAUAUGGAAAACUCUUUCUCCUCAAUUCUGUGGGUCAAGAGAUGUCCCGCUGCAAGACAUCCAUUCGGCGUGGUCAACCCAAUCCCGUCUAUAAGGAGACCUUUGUUUUCCAGGUGGCCCUCUUUCAGCUGUCUGAUGUCACGUUGAUGAUUUCCGUUUAUAACAGGCGUACUAUGAAGCGUAAAGAGAUGAUUGGCUGGAUUGCCAUGGGCCAGAACAGCAGUGGAGAGGAGGAGCAAGAUCAUUGGGAGGAGAUGAAGGAAACCAAAGGCCAGCAGAUCUGCAGAUGGCACGCUUUGCUGGAAUCCUAGGUUUGCUUGCCUGCAUUUGUGUGCUGUGUCCACCUUGGUUACCUGUGUUGCUGUCUACUGACACCAAGUCAGUGUGUCCUGGCAAGGGUUUCAGGCUUUCAAAAACAGAAUCCAUUGACCCCUAGGACAUUGUGAGUGGGAGUUUCAGGUUUCUCAGUGGUUUGAUUUGGAUUUAAACAUUGUAAUUUUAAAAACCCACAUGCACAGUGAAGUGUCCAUAUGGAAAGUGUCAUACCACAGUUAAGACCACUGAUGAGUUAAUAUGUGCCAAUAGAUCAUCAAGUUUUGGUUCAGGGCAUGGGGUAAAGCUUCUCCUGCUGUCUUUGUUUGCUUGAAGAGUAACCUGAGAUUGCAAGGGAGCUGUUAAAUGUUACCAUUUGCAACCAUUUACGUGGAUGAAUCAGAAUUUUCUUAAUAUGGUACCAAAAAAAACCCUCCAAAAUAUAGAAAUGAAUCAGAUACUGAGGCUUAUAGAAGAAUCUAACUUUAAUCCGUAAACUCUUACUUCACAUUUUUCUCUUUAUCAAAGAAACCUGAGCAAUUGCUCAGUCACUUAUUUACCUAACAAGUAAAUAUUAUAAACUUGCACUUAUAAAAUAAAUUUGUAUUAAUUAAAUACCUCUUUUAUCUUAUAUUUUAUGGUUUCUAUGAGAUUUGGUUAAAUGAAUCAUUUUGAAGCAAGAAAAGAGUUCAGAAACUACUGUUUUAAGACAACUUAUCUCCUUUUGAAUAUGUAAGAUUUCAAACUUGUAACUUUUAAGGUUUUUAUGCUGUCUUUCUCAGCCAAUAAGUUCUUACAGAAUAAGAAGAAAACACACAAAAAAAAACCAAAACAAAACUAUUCCAGUCAUAGAUUUAUUCAUUUUUCUGAUUCUGGUGUUCUUUUGGAUUAUACUUUUUCUAUGUUCAAUUAUAUAUACUCGUAUAUUAAUAUUUUGAAUGUACUGCAUGUAAACCAUGCUCUUUUUAAAUUGAGUAUUUUCCAUCACUAGAGCAUAGUAAAUUGCACACAGUGGGUCUUUAAUAAAUAUCGAUUUGACUGACUCUUCCAAGUGAACAUGUUAUGACACCUAUAAGUGAAGAGUUAUUUUCAGCUUGUGUGGAAUGACAUAAAAUUUUUCUUUGAGCAUUUGAAGUGCCUAUAACUGUCACUUUUUAUGGCAUUUGCAGCAACAUAUAUUAGUCACUAGUUGCAAUCUGGGCAUGUGCCAUUGAGAACACUGAUCUUGUAUGGUUAUGAGCAUGGGAUUUUACUUAUUACUUACUUUUACAUAUUUAUGCAGUGCAUGUUAUUUUCCUUAUUCUCAGGCCUGGGCCCUUAAUUUCAAUUACUUACAAUUGGCAGUAAUAAAAAAUAGGGAAAGAAUAUAUGUACAUUUAACCCUGUGCUCAAUGUGCAGCCCUUCUGAGCAAUUGCUCAGUCACUUAUUUUUAGUUUCUGUGUUUCAUUGUGGACUUUUUCCUGUCUGUGGGAAGAGUGAUAGCUAGUGAUGGCUGUGUACAGUUAAAAACACAUAACUCCUCCUCAGCUCCACGUUUUGACAGAUUGUAAGCGUAGGCUGUAACACUUGAAGAACAUAUUUAUUCCUUACAGUGUGUAAUGGUUAUCCUGACAAGACCAGACUAGGGCACAGGAUAACUCUACUAUGCUUUCAGGGUUCGGUCUUUGAAUGGAAUGAUUUCAUACUGAAAAAUGAGAAUUUUCCAAAUAAAUUAAUACCUUAAAUACUUUUCAGGUCAUGGGAGUUUCAUAUAUAUGACUGCUCAGUUAUUAGGAAUAAGUACUAAAACCAUGCUCCUGUGGGUUUUUUACCCUACCUUUCUAAGGGAGACCUCAGAGUGCUUUUCCAGCAUUAUAUCCAUUAACUGCUGAGUGGUCUUUGCAGCGUGGCUAAGUCAUUGAGUAGAACUGAGUGCGAUUGAUUAAGUAGCGGCACAAAGAAUUGGCUUUUCACAUCUCUUACUCUUUAUGCCUUGUGUUUAAAGGGAAGUAGAACAGUCUUGCUAUGCUUUCCUUUAUGCAGUAACAUAAUAGCAGCAUUCAUUUUAAAAUUUACAUUUGAAAAAAAUCUGUAUGUAUUGUACAGACAGCCCUGAAUUUUUCCCUCUCAUAUUUCCCUACUCUACAUGCUGCUGCAUUCUUGUUUCAUGAUACCCAAUAAUCGCCCAUACUUCAUUUUCUGUUCCCAAGACCCACCCAUUCUUAAGGUUUUCUGCUGGUGAGGUGAAGAUAUUGGUGUGUCUCAUCUGCCUUCCAAUGGUCUGCUUACAGGAAGGUGCAGCAUUUUAAGGGAAGGAAUGCCUGAAAAGCAUUAUUUAUUUAUUUUUAUAAUUUUACUGUGUUGGUGCUACUCACCAAAUAGGAUGCAUGUACAUCUUGAAUAUACGUCAACAUUCACCCUCAGCUGAUUGUAUAAAUCUAAAAUGCUGAAGACAAGAUACAUUAUAAUAUGUGGCUGAUUUUUUUUUACCUUGAUUUGAAAUUCUAGUUUAGUAAGAUCUUUUGAUUUUGUGCACUUACACUCCCUUAUUUUCUUGGCAAAGUCUAGACAUAAAUGCAUUUAACAUGUUUUUCACUUGAGCUUUUACAUUUGGUUUUCAAAAGAGUUAUGAAAGAUAAUUAGUUGGUUCUACAGUGAAAAAAGUCUGCUUUUGCCUGUUUCUUCUAGCUAAUGAUUAAUAUCUCAUUGGGAGAUUUGACGUUGACGCAGCCCUGGUUUUUGUUGCAUGAGUAGGUCUUUCAGCGAUUUUGCCUGAAGAGCAUGCUUUCAAAAUAAUAUUGUUAAGAGUAAAUGAUGCGCUGGGUUUAUGGAAAUCUGCUUUAUAGUGUGCCUUCUUUUCUGGUGUGAGUUUACACUGAAUUGAGAAACGCUGGUUUCACCAAUUAUGGUGGUGGCUGUUGUACUCCCUGCUCCUCUCUGACUAUUGUUGAAUUUUUAAAUGGACCAUUCAGCAGGCAGCCAAACACCUGCUCUCCGUUCCCUCUCCUUCACUGGCUCCCAGUGUGAUGCAUAGUUGUUUUGGACUCUGUUUUAGCUGAUGCUGCAUAACUGUUGGAGGUGGGGGUGUCUUGCCUUCCCUAACAUCAGAAGAAUUUGUAAUGCCUUUGGAUGUGUUAUACUCGGCAUUCCACCCGCAUGAAAUCUGGGAAAGAAUCAUCACCAUGUUUAUGAGAGGAAAAAGAGUAUGGUAUUGCAUAGUCAUUCACUUUAGGCACUAUUAAUUCUGACAUCCUUUACUGACAAUUAACUGACAUCAAAUGUCAAUAUUCUCCAUAGUCUUAGGUGCUAGUGAGGCCGAAACACAGCUUCUGGCUUUUCAAUGUGUAGAUUUCAUAAUAUUGUAUGAAUUAUUGUUACCUCUUGGGCAGUCACUGUGCUUUAGAUGAUCUUAUCGGAGAACCAAAAUUCAUUUCUUUCCAGAUGAAGUACUAUUUAAGUAGAAACUAGCAUCAGGUUAAAUAAAAGUGCUUCUCUGAUAUCCACCAAUUUGAUUUAAUUGAUGAUUCAGUGUGGACAUCUCUGUGGGUUUCCUAAAAACCUGGCUAUCCUUUUGCAGCAGAGGACUUAGUAUAUUAAAAGCAGAAAAGUGAGUAGGAAAGGAUUAUUUGUAAAUGUCAUAAAACCAGAUGGAGGCAUAUUCUUUACUGAUAAAGAAACAGGAUUAGAACACGCAUGUGGUAUCUCCUUUUACUUUUGAGGAAAAUGUGGUUAAAGAACAUUCCAUUCUAUUUAAGACCAAAGCAAAGGAUAGAUAAUCCUGAAAUGGCAAAAGUAUUUUUGUCUCAAAAAUUGUUCAUUUAGGCAAAGCCAUUUACAACAGAAUAAAAACCAAAAGGUUAUAUGGCAUGCCUAUGGAAAAAUUAAAUAAUAAAUAAACGUGUUGGAUGCAUUUAGCAUCCUCCAGGGAGUAGUAUGCAAGGAGAGUAAACUAAUAAGCCAAAAGACAUUUCAACUAGCUAUCACAUGUCUAAAAAUUGUAGAAUUCUGAAAAAUAUUUAAAGAUGAAAGAAAUGAACCUGUUCUAAAACAAUGAGAUUGGCAUAGCACAGCAAAGUUGGUACAAACUGUGAUCUUAGCCUGGGUUUACAUGAAACUCUGCUGUGUGGCCUUAAGAAAAUUACUUAGCCAGCCUGUGUCCUGGUUUCUUCAACUGGAAAAUGGAAAUAAUACCUACCUCAUUAGGUGUCUUAAAAGAUAUCAGCGAAAUCACAGAUGUAAUGUGCCUACCGUAGAGCCUGGCAUGGAGUUAGCAUUCCAUAGUUCCUCCUCACAGUCAUGCUUGAAAAAGAAAAUAUUGAAGGUGUAUCUUCUCUUUCUAGCAAAAGUUAUUAUAACACGAGAGAAAAAUGAAAACCAAUUUUCAGAUAACUGUAAAAAGGACAGGCUCAUGAACCCAGGCUGGAUUUGUAAAUAAAGAGGCUUCAUCAGGACAGCCUAAUCAAAGAUAAGCUUGGUAUGUGGAGGAAACUGAGCCUCAAUAGCGUCCAACUGUGGUAUAACCAAGCCUUUGCAUUUAUCUCCUUCGUUUGGAGGAAGUGCAAAACCUUGAGCGUUUGUGUGUACGUCUUGCUCGAUCACACACAAGGCCUCUCCUUGUCCCCAGCUCUCCAUUCAGGCAUGGACAAGCACCUUGUUGCCAUCAUCAAGAGUGGGUGAUAAUGGCAGUUUGACUACAUAUUUCAACGUCGAUCCAAAAAAGUAACAUAAAUGAUGUGAUUUUAUACUGACACUCUUUAAAAAAUGGAUAACACUUUCUUUAAAACCUACAUUAUAUAUCCAUUUUAUAUCCUGAUAGGCAAACAUUUUAAAAUAGUCUAAUAACACAAACUUAUCUGACCAGAAUGCUCUAUUCAGAACAAAUUACUUAUCUCUGUUUCCCUUAUGAGAUCAUAAUGAAAGAAAUUCUAUCAGUUGAUACUUCUUUUUAAAAUGGUUUUUAAGAGUGGCUUGUUGAUAUAAUAGCAUGCUCACUUGUUCUCAAGUGAUUUAAACCUUGAGUAAAGAGGAGAGUUUCUGGAGAAUUUAGAAAAAUCUUUGUUGACAUUUAAUCUAGAGAAGUCUUCAGGAGCAAACCACUUCAAGUUUAGUGUAACCGGGUGCCAUGAAUCAGUCAUGUGCUAUUUGUGGUUUUAAACAAAACAUGAUUCUGGGAUGGGGAAGUGCGAGGCUGCACUCCUAAUAUCAUCAGAUUGCCAAAGUACUGUUUUGAGUCCUAGGUAUCCCAAUUAAGGAGAAACAUGAAGACAUUGAAGAAUCACUUUAGCCUAGGGCUUUUAGUAGAGAAUAAUUAAACAUGUAGGGAAGGUGAAGGAGUUAGAUGGGAGGGGAGAAGGCUGUGGAGUGAUUUCUGGUAACAAUGAUCCAGAAGUUCUAACCAGGGGGAUGGUGCACACUUUCUCUUCUUGACCACACGGAUAGAUUUCAGAGCAUCCCCCUAAAUCGAGUCUGGAGAAUUAUGUCAAGGUUGUUUCUCAUUAAUUCAAAUUGUAUUCAUUGUCUAGCACUAUGCUCUUUGGGGUGGCACAGAACUUAAAAUCAUAGAUUUCAGAUAGAUGGAUUUCAAAGCAUCCUCCUAAAUUGAGUCUAGAUAAUUAUGUCAAGGUUGUUUCUCAUUAAUUCAAAAUGUAUUCAUUGUCUAGAACUAUGCUGUUUGGGCUGGCACAGAACUGAAAAUCUCUAUGGAGUGCUAUGAGUGCACAUUGAAGCUGUUAGUCAUCAUUAUACAAUAAUGCUUACCAAUAUACAAUUGUUAAGUUAGUCUAACUAUAUGCCAUAAAAAGUAAUGUUCCUUGUUAUGAGUAUUGGAAGAAGGUGAAACAUGGCUGAACUUAUUGGGGCAAGUGUUUAGGAAGCCUUGGACUGGUAGGGAGCCUUGGUUGCAUUAUAGGGGCAACUGCCAAGGUGGGGAUGGGGGUAGGGAGUCACAGAAUCAUCAUCUUUGGAAAUUUUUUAAAGUAGAAAAUUGUGCUUGAAUCUUGGUUCUGUCUAAAGAAGAAUGGGAGGACACCCAGGAAUAUACGCUUUAUAAAAUUCCUUCUAAGUCUAAUAUUUAUGUGUAACAUUAAAAAGGAAUCAACAAUAAUAACACUCCAGGCCUGUCCUCUUCCACUGUGGAUCUUUUUUCCACAUUGAUUUUUCUCUGCAUCAUAGAAAGUUUUCUCUGAAGAGUUCCUAUUUCGGUUUUGUUUAGGGCUUUGGGGAUGCCUGCAGGCUCAGGGGGAGUUUCCUCUCCUAUGGUGCUUCCACUGUUUUUGUUUCCCUUGGGUCACAAAACAGUAUCCUAGACACAUAGACAAUAAUCACCUUAUUUAUAUCCACUGUGGAACCUGUGAAACAGCUCAAGGCUUUAUGGAACAAGCUCAUAGAUAGACAUGGAGGUCUGAGGCCCUUCUUAGAAUGAAGCUGCUCAAUCACUGACUGCUUUCCACUAAUGCUGCCUUAAGGUUUCUCUGGGAGAGUUUAUACUUCAUGCCUUUGAGUGACAGUGUUAACUGUUUUGAGGAUGAUGAGAAGGCUGACUUCCCAUUGUAUUACCAUGUUUAUGCAUUACUUUUGUUUACUUCAGUUCCCCCUGGAAGUAUCUGGUUGCUGUUUUUGUGU